AUGAGAGGUGAAGAGGACCCUUCUGUAGCUUCUCCAAGCUUGUAUGAUGCAAGGACCUUCUCCGACAGGCCACGCGCAGAAUCACAUUGGCAUUCCCCAGCGUUGGAAAACGUCAGCUUGUUAUCGCAGAACGUUCGUCUAAAGCAAAUGAAAAUGCUGAAUAAAUUUAUGGCGCGAAGUUUUGUCACAGGUUUACUAUUAAGAUUCAAGGAUCUGCUAGAAGCAGAUCCUUCACGAGAACUGAGCUGGAACGAUCAAGAAGCUACCCCUUCUCAUAGGACAACUAAUAAGAGAGACAGUUUAUGUACCUUUUUGGAAGUGUUGAUGUCUCGAACAAAAGCAACAAAACUACAGUUCAAGCAGAUGUGCGUGAUUUGUAUCAAGUUUCUGAGCUCUUGUUCGGCGCAAAACAAUUUUAUGGCUCAUCUCAAGUUUGAUCUGCGCAAGUUGAUGUUGGCAUCGCUUGCAUUCACAUACGGCAAUCGCCUUACGCAUACUUUCGAACUAUUUGCAAAAUGCUCUGGAUUGCAAGAGGAGGAGAUUAAUAAUUGUUGCAGUGUAGUGCGAAAGGUACUAAAUCGAAGGCCAUACGGACGAAGAUGGCAGAAUGCGCCUUCUCAAGUCGACAGCAAUCCACUUUCUUCACUAUAUUCGAGAAUCGAUGAAAAAAGAGUUAACUUUGGCAUUUCAGUAGAUCAUAGGUCGCACUACGGUUUCGAUGAUAAAGACGGGCAGUGCUACGGGUACGUACUCCCUGGUGAGCUGGAACAGUUUAAUAAUAUGAGCAGGGAUCUAAUCUGUGAGCACUUUAUGGUAGGGUAG